GUAGGGUAUAACUGACAUUAACCCUUCAAUAUCAAUUUGCUAUUUCUGUCAAAUCAAAGCAAGCGUCGAUCGAUUUCUGUCAAAAUACACGUCGUCGUGGCGAUUUCGAUUUCGAAUGAGAAGCAAUAAGCUUUUCUAUUUCUAUGUGCCACAAAUCAUUGCUCACAGUCGCCGAUGACUUGAUCGGACCUCCUUACCGGAACGGAAAAUCUCUCUCAUCUCUCGCUCUAGCUCUCAAACUGUUUUACGCGUGUAUUUCCAGAGAUUUCUUAGGGCACGGAAUCCAAAGGAGAUGCAUCUUCUUCGCCUGUUAAUCGGACGCUAAAAGGCAAGAACAAGAUGCAUAAACAAAACGAGGAUACUAUGGUAUCAAUCUUAUCGGGGACUAGUAAUGCCAUUUCAAAGAAGGUAAAGUCACAUAACAAGGAGAUCAUUAUCUCACCAACUCUUAGUGGCAUAAUUGAACUAGAUUCGGAGGACUCUGAUUCCUAUAAUGGCAAAGAUUACAUAGAUUUGUCUUCUGAAGACCAUGAUUCCGAAUAUGCGUACCUAACUUUCCAAUCUCAUUUUGAUAACAUAGAUUUUCCUACCGGAAUGGAAUCCUCCAAUCCAUGGUUUCUGGAUUAUGUCAAGAUGACUUCCUCAGCUGGAUUCACACACCCUGUACAUGCAAUGCUUUCCCCAUCAAAGGUAGAUCUUGGAUACGAAAGGGGUAAAAACGUCUUUUGAGACUGCUUAAGUCACAAAAAGAACACCUGGUUAUUAUAUUGUAUUCGUUUCUCAUCAUAUUCGAUUUCAGACGUUACAUAUUUUGUACCAUUUAUUUCUAUGUCAUGUUGAGUAAGUUCUAACUUAUAUCAUAUAUGUGUCUGUGUUUACGUGUAUGUGAAAUAAAAGGCCUCACUUUACUCAA